CAAAGCCUCUCAAUGGCCAUUUUACAAUCAAGGGUUUGUGUACAUUAUUGAUCGUAUCCAAUUACGUAGUCCUUCUCAGGAGGGAGAGAGAAAAGAAAAAUCUCGUUGGCCACGAAUUCCCUCUGCUGAAAUAAGGGAAUGCUCGAUAUCUUUAUUUUCUGGAGCAAUAAGGGAUUCUUCUUCAGUGGUUAUCAGGAGUGUGAUCUAAAGAUGACAUCACGAUCCAGCCCAACUGGCUUCUCUAAUUUUCUUGACAGUUACUGUCAACAACACUGAGCCAAGAAGGAGCAGUUCAAUCAUGCCCUCAACACAGAAGAACCCAUUGGGCUUUGGCGAGCGAAGAAAGCUGGACAUCUCUCAACCUUUGCAGCCUUGAAGGAGGCUGGUGGUGUUGCCCACGAACACAACUUGGAUCGUGUGUUUGGACUCUGCAGCAGUCACCAGUUCACCUCUUGGAUAUAGAUGGAGGAACAUGUCUGCUUGUGAGUCUGUUUGACCCAACAUCCUGACAGGAGCACUGUCUGAGGAAGAGCAAACAUGUCCCUCUCAACGGUGCUGGCGAAGGCCCUGUUUGACAAUGCAGCAGAGAGCCCUGAGGAGCUGGCCUUCCGGAAGGGAGACAUCCUGAUGGUUCUAGAACAGGAGCAGGGAGGGGGUCCUGGCUGGUGGCUUUGCUCCCUCCACGGGCGGCAGGGCAUCGCCCCCGCCAACCGCCUCCGCCUCCUCCACACCGCCCCCGCCCCAGGGGUCGACUCCAGACCCCCCAGCCGCGCCCCCAGCGAGGACUCUGUGUACCUCUCCCCAGUCCCCCUGGCCCGCACGGCAGUCUCCACGGAGGAUGUGGAUGGGGUCUACCGCACCCCACCUAGCCUGGGGGAGGCCCUUUACCAGAGCCCAGGGGCGGUGCCUGUCGCCUCUAGACCAGGGGUCCUCCGGGAGGCUGAGGUAGGGGGUCGACCCCGCUCCCGCUCCAGCUCCGGCACACGCCCCUGUCCCGAUUGGGACGUUGGGGUGACGGGCCGCCCCCGCUCGCCAUCCCUCCGGUCCAGAGGCACAGACUCCGCUGGGAGCCUCUACCAAACCCCAUCCACUCCCACAGCUCUCGGGCCCCAGCACCACAGGGGUCUGGCUGGAGACCCUGGACCAGAGAAUGUCUACCUGGCCCCCGGCGGGAUUCCUCGGGCGGUGGGUCUAGCUCCAGAGGGGCCAGAGGACAACACUUACCUGGUCCCCAGGGAGACUGUAGCGGCGGUAGGCCACUCUGACGGCUGUUACCUGGUCCCCAGAGGGAUGGUCCUGCCCAGCGAGGAGGUCUACCAGACCCCCACAGGAGGGUUAGUCGGGGGGACUGUGUCGACCCAGGUUACUCCCAUCACUACUAGGGUCCUGGAGGCUCAGAGCUUCACCCUUUCACAGAUAAACGGGGGCGGGGGAGCCCCCCUUAAGCCCCUCACCCCUCAAUCCAAACUGGCACAGGACACCCCUCGGAUGAUGUACCAGACCCCCACCCCUGUGGGAGCAGGGAUUCUCAGGACUCCACCUGUCCUCGCACAGGGAUCCCCCAAACCUCAGCUGAAAGGGGUGACCCCCAAAACCCCAGGGACCCCUGGUGGUCAGGGUGGAGUGCCCUCCACCCCUCCCAUCACCAGGGGGAAGCUAGCUCCUUCUGCCCCCCUCAGGGGUUCCCCCUUGCUGGCCAGAACAGGACAGGGACAUGGCCAGGUGCCUGGAUCCCCAAACUUUGCUCGUAAGCCCCCUCCUCCAGCCCCUCCAGUGAGGGGGGUAACCAGAAAAGACUUGCCCCAAUCCGUAACCCCUGUAUCCACCUCUCAGCCUGCCCUCUCCACCCCCCAGUCGACUCCUGUACCCCAGUACCAAGAGAGCAAAGAUGGAAGGAUGGCGUCGAAUGAAAAGAAACCGAAUGGGCAGAAUAAGAAAGGCGAGGACAGAGAGUGUGCAGAUCCUGAUGGCGACAGCCUCGAUGAACAGGUGUAUGAUACUCCUCCCAGGAGUAAAUGGCAGCGGCCAGCCCCAGCAGCGCUGUGUGAUGAUGACAGCAUCUACAACACACCCCGCUCCCUUCCCCCACACACUGACCUAGAGUCAGAGGUCUAUGAUGUUCCCACCAUCAUACUUAGCACAUCGUCAGAGCCCCAGCAGCAGACUGUCAACGUCCCAACGGCUGUUAUUACUCAUGAAUCGGAGGAGGACGUUUACAGCCUCCCAACCCUUCCUGGCCUACCCCUGGGCCUGGCGGACAUGUCCACCAUCGCCCACCUAGAGGGGACGGAGAGCGGCCAGGUCUACUCUGUCCCCGGCUCAGGGAAGAGGGCUCCGCUUGGGCUAGGCGAGGGCAGUGACCCGGGGUCCACCCCCGAGCCGGACUGUGGCGUCUAUGACAUGCCCGCUCUCACCCUUGACGUCUUGCCCUCUUCGACGAUGUCAACGUCGUCUUCGUCUUCCACACGUCGGCUAUCUGUAUCCAGUAAUGGGUCUGGUGAUGUCCAAUGGAGGAACUCGCUUUCGGGCCUUGUCCAAUCAGUGCUUAGCUCUGCCUCGUGUGCCCCUGUCUCCUCGAGGGAUCUGGCAACCUCACUGGCUGAGAUCCUGUCCGUCUGGAAGACGAGUCAACCCGACGAGGUCCCUCCCCCUCUCCAACAGGCUUGGGCCCAUCUCUCAGACCUACUUCCUGCUUUGUCUGCCGGUGGCCACGCCCCUCCGUCAGAUGCUCUUCUCUCUAUGGUCCAACGAGCGCUGGAGGACUCCACCAUCCUAUUUCAGACCCAGGGGCGGCCCCGCCUCCCUUCCCAGGACUCCCUCUCCCGAAGACCCCUACCCGCCCUGCCCGUAGCUGAGGUGAAACCAGUAGGGAGCAGUAUGGGACCACGCAAGGGUAGCUGGAUCCAGGAGAGACCCUUACCCCCCACCCCCCAGCCGGCGUUCCCUCGGCCCCCCGCACAACCCUCCACUGUGACCAUGUCCAUCACUGUGGGGCAGAGCGACGGAGAGGAGGGGAUGGGGAACGAGUACGCAGGAAUAGGUCUGACACCUGCCCCGGCACCACUUCCUCUUGGAGACAGUGUGGGAUACGUGAAACUGCAGGGAAAGCCAGAGCCUCCCUCAGAUGCUCGAACAGAGAAUAGGUCAAACCAGACCCUUCACACCACAGAGCCUAGGUUGAGCCCCUCCCCUCCUCUGCCCGUCUCCCUCUCUCUGGAGGACUCAGAGUUGCUCUCCUUCUAUUCUUCCCAGUCUCUGUCCCACCUCUCCUGUCUGGCCGAUUCCAUUGACGUGCUCUUCCGCACCGUGCAGGGGAACCAACCUCCCCGCAUCUUUGUUUCCCGGGGGAAGAGUUUGAUCGUGACGGCACACAAGCUGGUGUUCAUCGGGGACACGCUCUCCCGCCUCCUGACCUCUCCUGACCUCAGGGCAAAGGUCACAACCUCAGGUGGGCAUCUGUGUCAGGCCCUGAAGGCUGUCGUUGUGGCAACGAAGGGGGCAGCCCAGAACUACCCAUCAGUCGCUGCCACCCAGGAAAUGGUGAACUGCGUGGCCGAGCUGUCCCAGCAUGCCGCAGGCUUCUCCGGCCUGCUGCAGCUUCUCGCGGAAAUAUCUUGACAUUAUUUCUUCAACGUCUCUUCUUAUAACGUGUUUACAAUACAUUUUCUCUCUACUUUGAAAUGCCUUAGUUGUUGUUACAAUGUGUUAUCUUUCCAAUUGAACAGUUUGACGUUUUAAGUGAGGUUGAAACAUUGAAUUUCAGUCCAGAAGAAGAUUUGAUCUGUGGCUCAAAUUCCCACCCAGUUAGAUUUUGUGUGUGUUCUUGUAUGUGUGUGUUGGUUGGCUUUUGGUUCUUUUAAUACCUAGUCACUUCUGUGCUUUUGGUGCCAAGCACACUUUUCAUCUUGUGUGUCCUGAUUGAUGAACAUUGUUUUUGUUUGAACCCUGUUCGUGACAGUCAGUGUCCCUUAUGGGCCACCGUAUUAUUGGAGUCGGACUAUUUCUGUUCGGUUGCCAUUAUUUUCUCUUACAUUGAAAUAACUGUUUCUUUUCUUUUAUCUUUGCAUCCUUAUUUAUUGUAGGUAACCAUCCAUCCCCCUCUCCAAAAAUAUAAAUUGAGCCUCACAUUCUGCUGUGUGUUAGUGCUAUGGAGGAGAGCAGGGAUAACUUGAUGAAGGUGCAGUUGGGGGUGUGUAUGUCAACGCCGUGGCAGCUUUACUGUGUGUUUCUGCCUGGGCUUGGUGUUGCAUUUGAGAAUCAAAUGUAAUAAAACAACACUGUAAAAAAAAGUACUAUAGGAUGUAAACUAUAGGAGUUUAAAAGAUGUCUAAAUCAGAUCUGGGACCAGAUCACUCUUUUACCCCCUGCAGUUUCCUACCUUGCAGUCUGGAAGACAGGGAGUGAAAAGAGUUAUAUAUGAGUUAACUAUAUGAGUGUUUAAACAGGACUGAGAUAUGAUAGAUGGCACGAUUUGAAAGAGAACAUGAGGGGGGGUACUACUCUUGUGAAAGGGAUAAUGGUGGAGCAGUAGAGCGCUUAGUCGGUCAUGUUUGUUCCCACAGUUAGGCCAAGUGGAAAACCUGUAUGUAAACUUUUACUUCUCUCCACUUGUCUCGCUUUCCAUUCACUCGCUUGUCCCCCCUCCCUCUCCUUUUCUCUCGAUUCCCCACACGCAUUUCACCUUUCGUCACACACCCUGGCUUUCCCACACAGCUCUAGGUACUAGUUUGGCCAUAUUUGUUCUUGGGCUACUCCUAUCCAAUCCUCUCAGAUCCUAAUAAGUGCAUAAGGGGGUAAGGGAUAGUGGUUCAUUUGGGACUGGGGAGCAGGUUUCUAGGCUUUUGUGUUGUUGAAAGGCACUAAUUGCCCCUUUAAACUCAAUGCUACCACUCACACCCUCACCGGUACUGCUGUCUCAAAGUCUAUGCAGCAGUGGUAUGUUGGUGAUAGGAGGAUAAAAUGAACAAAGAUGCAUCAGUGCCAAGAAAAAGUAUGAAGAACUUUCACCAAACUCUCGUGUUUUGCCUUUGAGCUCUUCCUAGUGGAAGGUAGCAGUAUUUCUACAGAAUGCCUGCCUGCACAGCGCACACCACAUCCAUGGCCUGACAGUAGAAAAUAAUCAUCAUAAUAAUAAUAAUUGUAUUUAUUGAUAAUUUUUUAUUUGCUUUAUGAUCUGCUUAGCUUUAAGUUGCUUUAUUUCUUAUAUGCACGUAUUUAACAGGGAUGUUUUCACUUCACACAGUGAAUUACAUUUUACUACAAUAAUGGUUCAAAAGAACAAGUGGAGAAGAGCAGUUAGUUUGAUUGAGCUAUAAUUUUUUUUUUUUUUGACUUUUUUUUUUUUGUACCAGAAUAUAUUUUUUAAAGUUUUUACACUAAAGUGAAAUUGUUGGUAUUGGCUCCAUGGCUAAAAAAGCCACAUGGAUCUAUCCAGUCUACAUUUCAUGAAAGUUGAACACUACAAUGAUGCCUGACUAUGUUCCCCUCAAAAAUGCACAAAUACAUUUGUACAAUUACAUUGA